AUGACAGGAAGAGAGAAAGUCGCUGUCAUAGGGGCUGGGGCCCUGGGCCUCAUGGCUCUCAAACAAUUUAGAGAGGAUGGUUUUGAGGCCGUCGCGUUCGAAACAAGGCCGUACGUUGCCGGUCUGUGGAAAGACACGGAUGACAGCACGAUAUCCGUUCUUGCCACGACCAUCCUCAACACCAGCAAGUUUCGAGCAGCAAUCUCCGACUUCCCGUUCCCCGAGGAGGCCGAUGUGUAUCCCACAGCUGCGCAGACCCAUGCUUACCUCGAGGGCUACGCUGACCAUUUCGAACUUCGAGAACACAUCCACCUCAACCACAAGGUGGAGCAUAUCCUCCGGGAACAAGAUCGCUGGAUCUUGCAGGUUCAGGACACGAAGACAGGCACGAUCAGCACUCGUCGUUUCGAUCGCGUCUGUGUUGCCACCGGCACCUUCACCACCCCUCGACGGCCGAAACUGGCCGGCAUCGAGAACUUCACCGGCAAGGUGCUCCACAGCAUCGACUUCCACGGAUCCGAGCCCUUCAACGGCGACAACGUCCUGGUGAUUGGGAUGCAUGCUACUGCGCAGGACGUGACCAACGUGCUCUCCGAGUCGGCGAAGCAUGUCUACCUCAGUCACCGCCACGGCCUGCUCAUGUUGCCACGGUACAACGACAAGGGCGAGGCCUAUGACACCGCUCAGAGGCUACCGCUGGUGAUGCUGCAGAACUGGUUCCAGUCGCAUCUGCCGGGCCUGUGGACCUACAUGGUAGACCGAAGGCUGGACGCCACGUCCAGCAAGGCAUUCCCAGACUUGCCUGAUGAGUGGGGGUUGACGCCGAGACCAUCCAUAGCCACCGCGACGCCUUUCCGCGCCGACACGUUCUACCCGUUUCUGAAGUCGGGCUUUGCAGAGCCGGUGCCGGCUGUGGCCCGGGUCCUUGGCCCGAGGACGGUCGAGCUCACCAAUGGUCGGGUCUUGCGGGACAUUGACACGAUACUGUAUUGCACCGGCUACAACCAGAAUAUCCCGGCGAGUCUCAUUCCGUCUUCGACACCCGACCCCAGCGGAGGAGACCCGGCAACCACCACCGCACCAUCCCCCUUUCACCCGUUCCCCGACGGGCCCGGACACGAACCCCGGCUGUACAUGAACAUAUUUCCCUUGGCUUCGGACCCCGCUGCCCGGAAUUCGCUUGCGUUCCUCGGCCAGGCGUCCUUCCUCUACCCCGGUCUGGUGCAGUUCGAGCUGCAGGCAAUGGCCGUCAGCCAGGUCUGGCGGGCGGUCCGAAGCCUGCCGCCGCACGCCGAGAUGCUAGCCUGGCACGCGGCGAAUCUCAGACACCGGGAGGCGCUGAUGCGGAGGUACGGCGGCAGCCACGACGGCACGUUCUACGUGGGCCUGCUUCCCGGCGAGGUCAUGCUCCCCUGGCUCGACAGCACGGCCGGUACCGGCAUCUUCGAGCAUUUCGGGGGCAAGUUCAACGGUAUGUUCAACCGUCGCGCCUGGCGGCUGUGGUGGCACGACCGCGAGCUGUACGACCUCUGCGUCAAGGGGAUUCUCAGCCCGACGGUUUAUCGUGCUUUCCCCGCUGGUGGGCGGAGGGCCUUGCCUAGGGACGAGGUCGUACGGGCGUUGAAGAGGGACAACGAAGUUUAUGAGCGAGCUGUAUUGGCGAGGCAGAAGGGAUUUCCUGUGUCUAAUGCGGACCACGAGCAUGUUGAGUAG